AUGAAUCAAAAAGUAUGCAUAGCCAUGAUUCCUUGUCCAGGAAUAAGCCACUUAAUACCACUUAUAGAGUUUGCAAAACUACUUGUUCUUCAUCACAAAAACUUCCAUGUAACCUUCCUCAUUCCAACUCUUGGUUCUCCCACACCUUCAACCCAAUCCAUCUUAAACUCUCUUCCACCUAACAUUGAUUUCACCUUCCUUCCUCAGAUCAACAUCCAAGAUCUUCCUCCCAACAUUCACAUAGCCACACAAAUGAAACUAACUGUUCAACGCUCUCUACCUUAUUUGGACCAAGCCGUUAGUACAAUCUUAUCUUCUACAAAAUCAAAAAACAACCUCGUUGCUUUGGUUUUUGAUGUUUUCUCGAGUGAUGUAAUUGAUAUAGCUAAAAAGUUCAAUCUCAUGACAUAUUUUUUCGCAGCUUCAUCAGUUAUAGCACAUCAAUUCUGUCUUAGUCUUCCAAAACUAGAUGAAACUGUUUCCUCUGAGUUCCUCGACACAACAAAAACAUUUGAUAUUCCAAAUUCUAAUGUUUCUUUUAAGGUAAAAGAUUUUCCCGACCCGGUUCUUUUCAAAAGAUCAAGUGAAACAUACAAAGCUUUUAUUCUUCUAUGUCAAAGACUCUUUUUAGUGGAUGGAGUCAUCAUCAAUAGCUUCACAGAUUUGGAACCCGAUGCGGUAAAAUCUUCGCAAGAUUUUGUACCUGCUUACCCUGUUGGACCUAUCAUUCAAAGAGAGUCAAAAAGUAGAGAAAAUGAGUUAGAGUGUAUUAGAUGGUUGAACAAAAAGCCUUCAAAAUCAGUUUUGUUCAUCUCAUUUGGAAGUGGUGGAACACUCACUAUUGAACAAAUCAAUGAGAUAGCUUUUGGAUUAGAAUUGAGUGGUUGUAAUUUUCUGUGGGUUAUCAGGGUUCCAAAUAAGAUUUCAUCUUCUGCUUAUUUUAGUGGAUCAUCACAAAAAGGUAAUUCUAAUUCUAAUUCUGAUUUUGAUGAUGACCCAUUCAAUUAUUUGCCAUUGGGUUUCUUGGAAAGGACGAAAGAUCAAGGCUUGGUGGUUCCAUCAUGGGCACCACAAGUUGAAAUUCUAAGUCAUGGUUCAACGGGUGGUUUUUUAAGUCAUUGUGGUUGGAGUUCAUGUUUAGAGGGUUUGGUUUAUGGUGUGCCUAUGAUUGCAUGGCCACUUUAUGCUGAGCAGAGAACGAAUGCAGCAACACUCACGGAUGUUUUUAAAGUGGCCGUUAGGCCAAGAAUUGAUGAACAAGAUGGGAUCAUAAAAAGAGAGGAAGUUGCAAGAGUUAUAAAGAUUAUAAUAGAUGGUGAAAGUGAAGGUUUGAAAUUAAGAACAAGAAUUGAAGAGGUGAGAGAUGGGGCUGUUGCUGCUUGGAGUGAAGGUGGUUCUUCUAGGAUGGCACUUUCAAGUUUAGUGAUCAAAUGGGAGGAAAAAGUAAGUCAGAAAGUUAUGGAUUAG